CACCGUAACUUUAUUGCGCAUGCGGGGGAGCAAGAAAACUUCCUUCUGGACUGGAGUUUCGUAUGAUGGGAAUACCAUGAGGAUUUUCUUGUGCUGCUGCAGGUCAUUGGGCCGCGUGCGAACACACUUCAUUAUCGGGUUUAUCCUGCUGCUGCUUCUGGCCGGAGUCUCUCUGACCUUUUUACUGCCCAACAAUGAUGACAUCAGCAUUCUGCGAGAGCUCAGACGAAGCUCCAACACCUCACGAACCCUGGCGGACCCAGAGGAGAGCUUCACUAUAAUUAUGCAGACCUACAACCGCACUGAUGUUCUCCUGAGGCUCCUCAACCAUUACCAAGCCGUUCCUCACCUGCAGCGCAUCAUUAUAGUGUGGAAUAACCCAGGAGAAACACCACCCAGGAGGCUGUGGGACGAGCUCGGCCCUCAUCCCGUGCCCGUCCUCUUCAGGGAGCAGAGCGUCAACAGAAUGCGCAACCGACUGAUGAUGCACCCCGAUGUUAAGACUGAUGCUGUUUUAAUGCUGGACGAUGACAUAUUGCUCAGUGUUCCUGAUAUCAGCUUUGCAUUUUCUGUCUGGAAGCAAUUCCCAGAUCAGAUAGUGGGAUUUGUUCCACGGAAACAUGUGAGCUCUGCAUCUGGUGUGUACAGCUAUGGCAGCUUUGAGCUUCAGGAUCCCGACAAAGGUGGAGGAGACAGGUAUUCAAUGAUCCUGGUGGGAGCUUCGUUCUUUCAUCGCCGCUUCCUGAAGCAGUUCCAGGAGCAGCCUGCUGAAGUGCACAGCCUGCUGGACCGAACGCAGAACUGUGACGACAUCGCCAUGAACUUUAUCGUAGCCCGUCAACUUUCCAAGCGGCCCUCCGGGGUUUUCGUGAAGCCCGUGGAUAUGAGUAAUCUAGAGAAGGAUGCUAGUAGCGGGUUUGUUGGCAUGUGGCAUCGACCGGAACACAUGCUGCAGCGCUCCUACUGCCUCAACAAACUCACACAGAUCUACGGACACAUGCCGCUCCGAUACUCCAACAUCAUGAUCACACAGUUGGGCUUCCCAAGCUAUGCUAAUCACAAGAGCAGGAUGUGAUGUCGGCAUAUUUGAGAAGCAGUUUCCAUAAUCCUAGACCAGGUCGUAUCCUGAGCAGCUGCUGUUGUGGUCAUGGAGGAGGGGAGAGCGGGAGACUGAUUCCUGAAAGACCCCAGUGACAGACGAGUCUCCACAUUGAUCCCCAUCGAUCCCCGGUGACCUACUCACACCUGCAGAUUCUCCACGAUAGAUGCCCAGCGUUCUUCAGCCUUCGGCACCUAGACUGCAGCUCUGCUCAAAAAGUUUGGCCAGAGGACAAAUGGUCGUGCCCAACUGAGCCUGUUUUUUUUUUUCUUCUUCACUUUUGUCAAUUGGUGAAGUUUGUUCCUCGUCACUGUCACCACUGGCUUGCUUGGUUUUGGGACUUGUGCAGCUGCGCAUCGAUAGAUUUGCUCUUCAGUGUUUGGACUUUCAGCAGUGUAAAUUAAACCACACUGAACUGAACUAAACUGAAGCUUAACUCAGAAAACUGGACUGACACUAUUUCAAUCUACUUGACCUUCUAUGUUAAGCUGCUUUGACACAAUCUACACUGUAAAACCGCUAUAGAAAUAAACAUGAAUCGAAAUGAAUUGAAUGCACAGAUAAA